ACAUUCUCAACAUUCGAAUUUGGGGAGAGAGGGUGUACUUGUCCCUAUACCGGCUAAAAUUCCCCAACGAGGCAGCAACGUGUUGCCGGCCGAUUUACAAAGAAUUUUUAUUUUUCCUUUCUUUUUUGCUUUUCCCACGCAUUUUCUCUCUCCACACAGAAACACUAAUCAGUCAUUCUGAGAACUCCAAAAUUGUCGAUUACUUCUCUAAACUUUUUGCAAGUUGAAACCGGGGAAAAGAACCAUUGUUAAAAAGGUUAAAUCUUUGUCCCAGCAAACGGAGAAUUUGUUCUCAGGGCGUUUACGUGCCCAUCUUGUCCUACUCUCCGGAAUCGAUUGGUUUUGUAAUGAUUUGAUCAGUUGAUGCGUGCCGGUUGAGCUGCAAGAUUCUGGAAUCCUAGGGUUCUUGGUUGCGGAAUGAAGUCAAUGGAGACUCUACAAGAUCUGAUCGAAGAAGCCAAGCUUCGAGCAGUUUGGUGGGCUCUCUGUAUAUUCUGUGUUUGCUACUUCCUCACAAACACUAGUAAGUCAAUGUGGAUGAAUCUACCAGUUGCUAUAUUGUUGGUUUGUGGACUAAGGAUGCUAUUGAAAGAGGUAGAAUUUUCUUGGAAAACACAGUGUGUUAAACCAAAGACAUACUUGUCACACUUGGGAAAGAAGCAACUGUCCGUAAAUGAUUCUCGUCUGUCUAUAUCUUCUUCACUUCUUCCAAAAUGGAAGAGCAAAAUUGAUUCACCCCUUGUGGAGUCAGCCAUGGAGGAUUUCAUUCAAAAGCUUCUGCGUGAUUUUGUGACAGAUUUGUGGUAUUCUGAUAUAACCCCUGACAAAGAGGCUCCUGACCUAAUACAUGCUAUCAUUAUGGACGCUCUUGGAGAGCUUUCACAUAGAGUCAAACAAAUAAACCUUGUUGAUUUGUUGACAAGGGAUGUAAUGGACCUAAUAGGGGACCACUUGGAUCUUUACCGAAGAAACCAGGCUUCAAUUGGUGUGGAUGUUAUGGGAACUCUAUCAUGUGAAGAAAGGGAUGAGAGAUUAAAGCACCAUUUGCUGGCCUCACAAGAACUUCACCCUGCUCUAAUAUCUUCAGAGUGUGAGUACAAGGUCCUGCAGCGGCUAAUGGGAGGAGUCCUAGCUAUAGUUCUACAGCCCAGGGAAGCUCAAUGCCCGUUGGCUCUAUGUAUUGCUAGGGAAUUGUUGACAUGUUUGGUUAUGCAACCUCUUAUGAAUUUCGCUAGUCCAGGGUAUAUCAAUGAGUUGAUUGAAUGUAUUUUCCUUGCAAUUAAUGAUAAGGACGUUCCGGAGAGGCAGUAUAGUGAUAAUGAUCAUGAUCAUGAUCAUGAUCAUGCGGGCCCAUCAGAAAAAGCGAAGGCUAAAUCUUUCUCAUCAUCACAUAAAGCUGCUCCAGUUGAUCAUCAAAUAAUAAAAUUGUCCUCCUCUGAAGCUUCUGAAAGUUCUGCAUCUAAUAAUAUAAUCAGUCAAAAGGAUAUGACUUUGCCUCUUCGGCCUGCUGACUGGGCUUGUGUCGUUGAAGCAGCAACUCAAAGAAGGAAAGAAGUUCUUAUGCCCGAAAACCUCGAGAACAUGUGGGCCAUCGGAAGGAAUUAUAAGAAGAAACUCCUAAAGAAGGGUCCUCCAAUUCCUCCUGAUGGAAGUAGAGCAAAAACAAGGCUUAAGAGAUCAAACAGCACUUCUGAUUUGAAUAUUCAACUGAAUUUGGAAGGCUCGUUUGCUAGCAAAGCUGGGCCAGUUAUCACAGAAUUUUACACUCCUGCAUUUACAGGGAAUGCUCAAGUACAUAGCUCUAAAAGUGCUUCUUCUGAAAUUGUUUUACGAAGCGACGGGUAUCAAGUUCCAAAGCUAAAGUGUCGGGUUUUAGGAGCAUAUUUUGAGAAAAUGGGUUCAAAAUCUUUUGCAGUUUAUUCAAUAGCAGUGACCAAUGCUGAUAACACUUGGUUUGUAAAGAGAAGAUACAGUAACUUUGAGAGAUUGCACCGACACCUGAAGGACAUUCCUAAUUACACGUUACAUUUGCCUCCUAAAAGGAUAUUUUCUUCAAGCACGGAGGAUGCUUUUGUUCAUCAGCGUUGCAUUCAACUUGACAAGUAUCUGCAAGAACUAUUGUCAAUUGCUAAUGUGGCUGAGCAACAUGAAGUGUGGGAUUUUCUGAGUGCUUCCUCUAAGAGUUACUCCUUUGGAAAAUCAUCUUCAGUCAUGAGAACCUUGGCAGUUAAUGUGGAUGAUGCUAUGGAUGACAUUCUACGUCAAUUUAAAGGAGUCUCUGAUGGUUUAGUGAGGAAAGUUUCUGGCUCCUCUUCCUCUUAUGAACCAGUGGCUGCCGGUUUAGCUGGGAUUUCUCACUCUUGGAGUGGUGAUGAAAUUGUUGGGAAACUGGCAUUAAUGCAAAGUACAUCAGAGUCGGCUAACAGUUAUUGUUCUGACAAUGAUGAUGGUGAUAAAGACGAUAGUGAGACUAAGGUUGGAAUGGAGUUGAGUCCACUAGUCAAUGGCUGGCACUCUGACAAUGAACUACUGAAUCCAAAAGAGUUCCCAACGAGAGUGGUUAAACAUGAUGAUGAAGAGUUUAAUGGAUCACUCAGCUCUGGUGGUGGUGGAUUUCCUGAAGCAUGUUUGGCCAUUGUUUCAGGUCAACAACCAGUUGAUCCAAGUAGGGUGCCUCCAGAGUGGACCCCUCCUAAUUUAAGUGUGCCUGUCUUGAAUUUGGUGGAUAAUAUUUUUCAGCUCAAUAGAAGAGGUUGGUUAAGGAGACAGGUAUUUUGGAUAUCCAAACAAAUAUUGCAGUUAAUGAUGGAGGAUGCAAUUGAUGACUGGCUUUUAAGGCAAAUUCAUUGGCUUCGUAGAGAGGAUGUCAUCGCCCAUGGAAUACAAUGGGUCCAAAAUGUUUUAUGGCCCGGUGGUACUUUCUUCAUGAAAUUAAAUGCUCAAAGUGAAACGGAAUUCGGUAAACCAAUAAGACAGGAAGCAACAGGAGGGAAUAGGCUGGGCCUCAAAGAAGGAUCUUUUGAGGAGCAGCUUGAGGCUGUCCGCAGAGCUAGUGAAGUGAAGAAGAUGCUUUUUGAUGGUGCUCCUACUACUUUGGUCAGCUUGAUUGGUCAUAAUCAGUACAGACGAUGUGCCCGAGAUAUAUAUUAUUUCCUUCAGUCUUCCAUUUGUAUAAAGCAACUAGCAUAUGGGAUACUGGAGCUUUUACUAGUUACCGUCUUCCCUGAGUUGCAAGACACUGUGAGAGAUAUCCACGACAAGAUGCGCGUCCAACCUCCGUAAGGGAGGGGUGCCAUUGUCUUUUCUACCAAGAAACAUCUAACGUUCGAACUUGUCAAGUGUUGCGGUUCUGCCAGUGGGGCUAUGAGCAGUUUUUACUUAAAAGUUCAUUUCAAAGGCCAUAAACUCUAAACAGCAGGAGCGUUUGUGAAUGCGUCUGAAGGGUUUCUUGGUUUUCAGGAGGUGACAUGUUAUGCCUGCUCAUUAUCAUGUACAAAUUGUAAAAUAGAUCAUUGAUGUAUAGUCGUAUAUAGGAUUUAUUAUACAUUCAUUUUUUGUGCAACUUACCUUCUUUCAUACCAUUUAAGAGGGCUACUUUGGUCGCAAGGCUUUAUAGUUGUUCAUGGUGUGUAUUGAGAAUUUUAGAUCUAAUUGUACCCUUGAGAAUAUUUUCAAGGGUAUGCUA